AAAAAAAAAAAAGACAUAUGCAAAACUUGAAACAAAGAUGAAUGUGUCUAGAGGUGCCUGGGCGGUUCAGUUGGUUAAACAUCUGCCUUCAGCUCAGGUCAUGAUCCUAGGGUCCUGGGAUCGAGCUCCACAUUGGGCUCCCUGCUCAGCGGAGAGCCUGCUUCUCCCUGUCCCUCUGCUGCUCCCCUGCUUGUGCUCUUUCUCUCUCUCUCAGAUAAAUAAAUAAAAUCUUUAAAAAAAAAAAAUGAAUGUGCCUAUGUUAUAAAGGAGAAAAAGAAUUUCCCUAAAAGGUGCAAUACACAUUGGUACCUCAAAAUAGAGGUACGACAUGGACACAUUGAGUACUGUAAGGGAGGAAGACUUCUUACAACCUCAAAAAGAGAAGGAAAUGUUAGUGUUUUUAAUUACCCAGGAUCUGCAAAUUAGCCAGAAACAACAAUCCAUAUCAAAAUCAAAUGUUUCUGAAAAAGGUCGCAUCUGCUUUGCCUUCCUUUUAAAUUCACUACUCCUGUGUGUUUGGAUUUGGGGCAUGUCCGUCUGUCCUCUAGCCAAGCUGUGCUAAAUCAAGAUAAGAAUACAUGGAUAGUUUUACUUGUUGUUGGCCACCUGAGCUUGCUUUAUGGACCCUGAACUUUGAAGUGUAGAAAAUUCAAAGGCAAAGGAGGAGACAGUGGAGACUGUGUUGUUCUCUGUGACUCAGAGACCCCAAGUCACCACCCGCCACUGGUCAUUUCCCAGGCGGAGUCUCUGUGAGAUAUCAGCACUACCAGCUUUUCUCACUCUUCCUUCCCAGCUUGGGUGGGGAAGGGGGAGGGUUAGACCUGAACUCUCUCUUUUUUUUUUUAAGAUUUUAUUUAUUUAUUCGAGAUGGGGAGAGAGAGCGCGCACAUGCGCAACAGUGGUGGAGAGGAGCAGAAGGAGAGGGAGAAGCAGAUUUCAUGCUGAGCACAGAGCCCGAUGCGGGAUUCGAUCCCAGGACUCUGGGAUCAUGACCUGGGUCAAAGGCAGAUGGCUAACUGACUAAGCCACCCAGGCGCCCCUAGAUCUGAAUUCUUAUUAAAUAUUUUCUCAGGAAGAAAAAUACCAGCAAUUGAAACACCAAAUAUUUAUCAUUCUUUAUUCUAUUCUAAUCCACAUGCUAGUUAAUAUAGAAGAGAGGUAAAAUUCCUCCAGAAUUUGGAAGUGGGAUUAUGAUAGUAACAAUCGAAGUCCUUUGUGGAAAUGAUCCAAGAAAAUGGCCUUUAUAGAUUUGGAAACACAUUUAACGAAGGUGAUGUAUGUAAGGACUCGAGGGUAAUUUAAGUAAAAGAAAUGAAGCCUAAUCACUUGUAUUCUGUUCUAACCAGGAAAGAAGCUGUACUGAUGGGAGGGCAGGAGAGGUGGGGGGAGGACAGCUGAGAGAGCAAGGGUUUGCCGUGUGUAUACCCCUCUGCAGGAGGAGACCAGCUGCUCGAGGCAAAAAUCCCACCCCCACAGACACAGUCUAGGUUUCAGGCUUCACCAUGGUCUGGAUGAAAUAAUACUGAAUAAUAACAGUUGUAAUUAAUUAGGCACCUACUGUAUUCCAGGCUCGGGGUUAGGUUCUGUUUUAUGUUAUGUGGUUUAGUCCCAACAGAACAACUUAUCUCCAUUUUACGAAUGAGGAAACAGACCCAGAGAGGUGAAAUGACGUGCCUGAAGUUACACAGCUAAUGGGGAACAGAGCUGGGCUUGAAUCUGGAUCUGAUUGUGAAUACUGAUUUUUAAUUCAUUGGUGUUUUUUUUUUUUUUUUUUUAACUGAGUGCCUACUAAGUGCCAGGACCUGUUCUAGAUAUUAGGGAUGCAGCAGUAAACAAAACAAGCAAAACUCCCUGCACUCCGGGAGCUUAUGUUCUAGUGAGUACACACCACUAAGUAAAUCACAGAGUCCGACAAAGGGCGCUGUAGCCUGGUAAGGCAGGGUGGGUACCAGAGAAUGCCAGGACGAGGUUACAGGCUGAAACUGUGCGGACAAGGAGGGCCUGGCUGAGGAGGCAGCCCACUGGGGGUGUGACAGUGAGCCCCAGGGAUAUCUGGGAGAAGAGUAGAGUGAACAAGUGCAGAUCUUUUCAGUUUCCCUUUGCUCUCCAGGACUGCCUGCAUCUCUCAUCCCGACUCUGGGCCCAGCAGCCACCUUUCUGAUUACUAAUUCUGGUCCCUGUGUGUCCUGAAACCUGGCAGAGAGCACCCUGAAUGGCACAGUUACUAGACAGGUGUACUCCCUGGGAUCGGAUAAUAAAUUGGCAUCUGGUCUGUGUAAGAUCAUUUAGGGUGAGUCAGUCUCUAAGAAGUUGAUCCCUCCGGUAUUCAGAACCCACGGUGGAAGAGGUCAGUCUUCCGAGGCAGGAAGGGGCCAGGCUUCGCACUCGGGCGGGCGUGGGUCCCGACCCCAGUUCCGCUGCAAGCUGCCUAUGGUACCAGCUCAGUUGUCCUCAGCUCCCAGGCCCGGGGGACAUGAAGGCAACAGCACUGACCGCUCGGGAUAUUGGCGAGCAUGAGCAGUGAUAGUGUAUGUAAAGCUCUAGCCACUCUGCCUCACUUAGAAAGGGUUCAGGACAUGGUCGUUCCACCCUUGGGCCUUAGCUGUGUGGCCACUUGACGUCCCUUGGUGAUAUGUCUUCUGACUUUACAUAAAACCGAACCCAGCGUUGUAUGUGCCUGCUAUAUUCCUGUUCCCUCUUCUGCUCGCACAGUUUUCACAAGCACUUCCAUUUGUUGACGCUAUUCCGCAGUUACCUGGAAUGCCUGCAGUGUGGUAUGCUGUCCUGCACUCGACUUGGCUCUGGAACAUCCAGCUCGGGUUCUGGUUCUGCAGUGCUGUCAGCUCUGCGAACUGGGAUCACGUAAUCUCUCUGAAGCUCACUCUUUGUAACAUGAGGGAGUAGACCAUAUGAUGUCCAAGUUUCCUCCUUAAACCUGCCCUUGAGAUACUCCAAGGGUCAUAGUCAGGUAGCCUGCAGAUAGAUUUGUUUCUUCUCCUUAGCAGUUUUAAUGCAUUAAGCUUGUGAUCCCUGCCAUUUACCCAGCAAUUCCAUUUUUGGAAUUUAAUUAGGAAAUCACACACGUACACAAAGACGUGUACACAAAGAUAUACAAGGGUGCCCAUCAAAAUAUUCCUUGUAACAGUGAAAGCCAAAAGCAGCUUCAGUAUUCAGACACUGAUGGCCGGGUUUCCGCGGUUUCCAUGAGCUCCCGCUGUGUGCCACGCUCUGGUCUGGUGCUUAGGAUACAUCUGUGAACCGAACCAGGCUCGACAGAAAAAAGCCAAGUGUGAGAUACGUUAGAAGAUGGGAAGUGCUAUGGAAAAAGGGAAAAUGAGCAGGUUGAGGGGGAUCCCGUGUGUGGAGAGUAUGGUUUCAGACAUGGUAGCCGGGUGGGCCUCAUUGAGAAGGACUUGCAGUUGGCGAAGGAGGGACUCAGCUACGCAGAUGUCAGGGAGGAACACACUCCAGGCAGAAGGAACAGCCAGUGCCAGGGCCCUAAGGCGGGAACAUGCCAAUGGCUUUAAGGAAGAGAAGGACGCUGGGUGCUGGAGCAAGAUGAAUGAGGAGGAGGACAGGGAGGUCAGCAGGGGAUCCGGGGCCAAAUUACAAAGGGCUUUGUUGGCCUUUGUGUAGAUCGGCUUUUAUUCUGAGUGAAAUGGGAAGUCUUUGCAGGAUUUGGGCAGAGGAGUGCCAUGAUCCGUUUUAUGUGUUAGAGGAGACAGUGUGGUUAGUUGAGAAUAGGCCACAGGGAGACCAGGAGAGACAAUAACGUUAGGCGGGUGUUGCACAACCAGGGAAGAGAGAUGGUGACUCAGAGGAGAAUCUAAAGAAAGUGGAAACAAACAGAUUCCUGGCAUAUUUGGAAAACGAAACCAACAGGACUUGCUGACAGAUUGGACAUGGGGUGUGAGAGGCAAGAGGUGGAAGAUGACUCCGGUCUUCUGUCCAAGUGUAGGAAUUGGCGUGGUCCAUGCUGGGUACGAGAGACGCCUGGCCCAUCACCUGGGAGCGCAUAGCACUCCCUCUAUCCUGGGAAUCAUAAAUGGGAAAAUCUCCUUCUUCCAUAAUGCAGUCAUCCGCGAGAACCUACGACAGUUUGUAGAAAGUCUUCUUCCAGGGAACUUGGUGGAGAAAGUUACAAAUAAAAAUUACGUCCGAUUCCUCUCUGGCUGGCAGCAAGAGAAUAAACCUCGUGUCCUUCUGUUUGACCAGAUGCCCGUCGUACCACUGCUGUACAAGUUGACUGCUUUUGCAUACAAAGAUUACUUGUCAUUUGGAUAUGUACACGUCGGUUUGAGAGGGGCGGAAGAGAUGACAAGACGGUACAAUGUCAAUGUCUAUGCCCCCACCAUCUUGAUCUUUAAAGAACACAUAAACAAGCCUGCAGAUGUUAUCCAGGCCCGAGGUAUGAAGAAACGGGUCAUUGACGACUUCCUCACCCAAAACAAGUAUCUACUGGCAGCCAGGCUCACCAGCCAGAAGUUCUUCCAUGAGCUCUGCCCUGUAAAGCGGUCUCACCGACAGAGGAAGUACUGUGUGGUUUUACUGACCCCCGAGGCUACCAAGUUGAGUAAACCCUUUGAGGCUUUCCUGUCCUUUGCCCUGGCAAACACACAAGACACAGUGAGAUUCGUGCACGUCUACAGCAAUCGACAGCAAGAGUUUGCCAACACCUUACUACCAGACAUUGAUGCGUUUCAAGGAAAAUCAGCGGUGUCUAUCUUGGAAAGGCGCACCACGGGAGGAAGGGUGGUGUAUAAAACCCUGGAGGCUCCCUGGACAGGGAGUGAGAGUGAUAAAUUCACGCUUUUGGGCUAUCUUGACCAGCUGCGCAGAGACCCCGCUGUGCUGUCCUCAGAAGCUGUGCUCCCGGACCUGACAGAUGAACUUGCCCCUAUCUUUCUCCUCCGGUGGUUCUACUCUGCUUCUGACUACAUCUCAGACUGCUGGGACAGCAUAUUUCACAACAACUGGCGGGAAAUGAUGCCCCUUCUGUCCCUGGUCUUCUCUGCCCUCUUUAUCCUCUUUGGCACUGUGAUCGUUCAGGCUUUCAGUGACUCAAACGAUGAGCGAGAGUCCAACCCUCCAGAUAAAGAGGAAGCUCAGGAGAAGACCGGGAAGACUGAGCCAACCUUCACCAAAGAAAACAGCAGCAAGAUUCCUAAAAAAGGCUUUGUGGAGGUAACUGAGCUCACAGAUGUAACGUACACCAGUAACCUGGUCCGCCUGAGGCCAGGCCACAUGAACGUGGUCCUCAUCCUGUCAAAUUCCACCAAGACCAGCCUACUACAGAAAUUCGCUUUGGAGGUCUACACAUUCACUGGGAGCAGCUGCCUGCACUUCUCCUUCCUGAGUCUAGAUAAACACAGAGAAUGGCUGGAAUACUUGCUAGAAUUUGCUCAGGAUGCAGCCCCGAUCCCAAACCAAUACGACAAGCAUUUCAUGGAGCGUGACUACACAGGUUACGUGCUGGCCCUGAACGGUCACAAGAAGUACUUCUGCCUCUUCAAGCCCCAGAAAGCAGUGGAAGAGGAGGAGGCCGUGGGGUCCUGCGGUGAUCUUGACUCUUCCCUCCAUCUGGGCGAAACUCGAGGGAAAUCUUCCUGUGGCCUUGGACCCAGGCCCAUCAAAGGGAAAUUGAGCAAGUUGUCCUUAUGGAUGGAGCGCCUGCUCGAAGGCUCCUUACAGAGGUUUUAUAUCCCGUCGUGGCCUGAACUAGACUGAGGGAGCUCGAGAGAGACUUUAACUCUUCAGGCUUUUUAAUAGGCCCCUGGGAACAGGUCUUUUCAGGACUCGACCUAUCACCACGGACAGAGAAUAGAUUCUAGAUUAUUCUUCCGGAACAAUGGCUGGAAGAAUCUUUCCUUUGUCCUGUCCUACCUAACCUAGAAGUGAAAAACACCUCAAGUUGAAUUCCUUAGAUCAAAAUAUUUUGCUUUGGGUUCUUUUUCCCCUCGUUUGAAUGCCGCACUAUUUAAAGGAGACUGCUCAUCCCCUCUUCCUUCGUCAUCCCUGUCCUGUGCUCCCACCGCCCUCCCCUGUCCUGUCUCUGCGCUGUGGGAGAGACACAGGGCUGUGGCCGGCAGCAGGCCCUGGAGUGCUGGCCGGGCCCCCGCCCCCGCCGUGCUUCCGCGCCCAGUGCAUGCUGUAUCCGUGGGACGACAGCCCACAGCAGCUUCUAGGCCCUGCAUCCUGAAAGAGGCCUGGUUCCAAGCAGUCUCACAUUUGAUAGUUUUUUCUGGUAGUCAGUGGCUAAAAGUGUAUUUGGGGGGUACCCCCCUGCAGCAGUUGGUCAGCCACGGUUUUACAAGGCUAGGGAUAAGUGGGGGUCCUGCAUGUGAGUUUGGUUUGAAGGGGGAGCUGGGCAGUGACGUACGUGACCCCUUGGGGCGUCCCAUCAGCCACCUCCCCCAGCGCUAAGCAUGGCCAGGGAGGGAUCUGCACGGCAAGAAGUACUGUAAUGACUGAGCCAUUUAUGUGUCUGUUUUCACAUGCCUUUCUGCCUCUGUCAAUUUUAGGGUAUGAAUCUUAGGAGCCAUAAUUUGUAAUCUUGUUCUCUGGACGUAGAGAUAAGCUGCUAUAAACCAGUAGAUGUUAAACUGAAGACACCUCCCUUAUCCCCUGCCUGACAGGCGUCAGGCUUGAGGAACCUCUUCACUCUGGUGGUGUCUCUUUAGUAAAAUACCAGACAUGUCUUUGUAUCAAGGAACUUAAAAAUUUCUCAACAAUUGUAUUUUGAACACUGUUAACCCCCAGAAGUGCUGUAACUUUGAGCCCUCUUUUGUGACAAGUGAGCCAAGACUUGUUCUAGACUCCUGUUUGGCAAAAGGCUUACUUUGAGCUUCUGACCUAUAUUACGAUAGCUCAAUUGCUUCCACUCUUAACUCACAGCUGCUUCACCAGUAACAGGGUCCGACCUACCAUCAGCACCCCGGCUUCCAGUGUGCAGUGGAUCACACCCACCAGUUAGAGAGUUUGCCUUUUUGGGGGCGGGGGGGGGGGGCGCAAAAUUACCAGGGGAUUUUGAGCAACCUCAAAGAGUGGUCAGUUCAGAUGUCAAAACACAUUGGCCUUUUGUAAAGCCAAGUGUCAGGAUCAGUGAUGGGACAUUUACUGAGUUAGUAUUUCUUUAAUCAUCAUUGCUUUAAACAAAGCCAUUUGGGUCCUGAACAAUUUAAACAUUGAGCUAUAGGGGCAAGUAAUAAAUUAUUUAAGCCCAGGAAUUCCUAUCAUUUCCAUGGAGUCUAUAGCUUUAUUUAAAAGAAAAAAAAUCACUGCCAGUCUUUUUUUUCCCCACAUGAUCCUCUAAAAAUUGGAUGCUUCCUCUGAUUGCUGUCUCCUGGCACCUGGCCCAGGCAGGUGUGAUCAAGGGAUUCAUUUGGUUCCUUGAUGCACCAGCCUCAAAAUUAUUUUCUAGGUCUUUUAUGGCCAAGUUGCUGAUGUGAGUAGUGUUCUGGUUCAGUGGUCGGUUUUUAAUUUCUGGUACUAAUGGGAUGGAUCCCUAACCUUAAUUUCUGAAAACCAAAACCUCCCCCAGAUUUGUUCACUUUAAAAAUGUUUCUCAUUAAAAUGAAAAGCACCUUUAGACAGACAGCUGCACCCUCUAUUUGUACGAAGAAAGGAAAGUUAGAAUAGAUAGGAUUAAAAACAUUCCCGGUGAAUGUUUCAGUGCAGAAAUUAUUUCACAGGUCUGUUUGGGGCUGGAAGAUACGUCCCCCAAGAGGACACUAGGAAGGUUCUACUUUGAACUAACUUUGCCCUUGACCCCCCAAGCCUUUUCUCCUGAAUGUUUCCAUGAAUUUGUUUACUUUUGUGUCAAAUGUAUGAGCCUUUGUCAUGCUCAGCCAAUGCCACCAUUUCUCCUCCUCUUGUGUGAAAUCACACAGACCUGAUUUUGGUUUUAAGUUAAUUUCUUGGUCUUUGAAUAUCUUGAGACUGACAACAUUGUUUUGUUUUUAGAAGUAGGCUUUUCUGGUACAUCGUGUUUAGCAGCUGGGGAUGAAAACUGGCCGAAAACAAGUCUUUGUAGAACACGCACCUACUUACAAAUAUUUUUUUAUCAUCCAGGUGCUGGUGGCAUAAUUUGGCUAAGAGAUUGUCCCAGCUCUGAGUCAGCAGCGUUUCAAUGAGCAAGACUGCCCUGACUUCUAUUAGGCACUAUGGUCUCGCUCUCUGCCAUCACUUCCCAACCAUGAAAAUUUGGUCAUACUUUUCAAAUUAAUAGGUUGAUUUCCUCCUCAUUCAGUACAUGAACGUUUUCCUGAUUUAAAAAGAAAUGAAAUCUGAAUGUGUUUUUUUUAAGUGAUUUGCUCUGUUUGGGAAAAAGAAAUCAGAAGCAAACACUCCAACUUUUUUCCUAAGUAAAAUUCUUUAAAAGCUGAGGCAAAAUAUCUUUGCAGAUGAAAUAUCGCUCACAUCCAAAUGCCUGACCUUUCCCUUGAACACAAAUGCAGUGUGGCAACUGCUAAAUCUGUCCAUUCCAUUUGUCAAGGAGGAUGGAACUUUAGAGACCGAUCUGAAAAGAAGGUGAAUAUUUUGCACUUUUGAUACUCUUAGGAACAAAUAACUUAUUUGGCAAAUGGUGUCUUUUUUUAUGUUGUUUGUGUUUUGUAUUGUGAACAGGCACUGAAGCUGAUGUUAUUUUUGUUUUGAGAAUAUUACAGACUGGAAACAGAAAUAAACUAUUUUAAUGUGUGA